AUGAGUGAGGCGAGUCUCAGUAAUUCUGCUGGGAGCGCCCGUGACGAUGGCAUCAUGACUCGCAGCUCGUCAGUCCGAAAACAUGCUGCCGCUACAUUGCGUCCGACUCCUCCCAAUACGGACGACGAUGACUUGAAGGUCAUGGGCAUCAAGGAGAUUGAAAAGACCAUUGAAAAGUUGAAAAAGCAGAAUUGGGAUCUCAAAUUGGAACUUUACCACCGGCGGGAGCGCCAGGCCAUGCUCGAAGAACUCGCCAAAACGUCUCAAGAACGAGCAAAGAUCCUACAAGAUGAGCACGCCAGCAUUAUUGCGCAGCAAGCAGAAACAAUGCGCCUCAAUGACGACCUUGCGCAAGAGCUAGAUAAGCGUGACAAAGCCUUGUUCGAAGCUAUUGAUAUGAUUGUGGACUUGCAAACGACUGUGGCUGAGUUGGAACGAGAGAAGGCCAUGGUCCGUAUCGUUGAAGCAGACCUGCAUGGACCCGCCAUAUCAGGACAAGUCGAUAAUUUUGAUCGAAGCACGAAUGCAAGACCUUACCAGCCAAACUCAUCGGGGCUUCCUCUAACUACAGACUUCUCCAGUCGUCUUGGCGAUCCAAAGACUCUGGAGCGCAUGUCAAGCUUCCUGUCUGAGCGCGGCGAGCGUACUGCAAAUUUACGCGAUAUGAUAUUGCACAAUAAGAGCAGUUUUUUCCAUUCGCGGAAGAUAUCUGAGGCGAGCACCAUUCAGAGCGAAUUCAAUCGCAGUGUCAGUCCCGGCGUCAGCCUUCUCAGUGAAAGUUCUUUCCUAAGUGUUUAUGGCAUGAAUAAGAGAACCCCAGACCAGAUGCUUUCACCGCCCGAGCCCGAGGAACCAUUAGUGAUGCAAAGCAUCGAAACGCCGGGGCCAAGGAGAAAUACUCGCAACUUCUCUGAUGGUUCUAGAGCUUCCAGUAUCAUCACUCCUUUGGCAUGGGCAGAUUCACAGACCAAGUUUCUCGACAUUAGGUCACCAUUACAGCAGCUUGAAAGACUAGAUGGCAAACUCUCUGUUGAGGGGGGCUCGCGCCCAACAACUUCUAGCGCAGCAAGAUCGGCUCAUCCGCCAGUCUCACAGCGACAACGGGCACAAAUAAAAACAAACCAGGAAAAGAGGGACUCGCUGCGUCGAGUUGUCACAUCAUCGCCAAACGCCGACGACUUGGCGAAUGCCCACAUGCUUCCACCAACGCCAGACACUACCUCGAGCUCAAUGUUGCGCCGACACCAAAACUCGCACGAAACACUUUCUGAAAAGUCUAGUAUCACUCCCCGAGAGAGCAUCGCGCAUGAAAUCCACAUGACUCCUGUAACAGCUUUGCCUCCUCAGAUAUCAACCAGUUCUGCCCAAGGUGACUUUUCUCGCCCAUUGUCCAAGUUGGCAACAACAGAGCGUCCAAGUUUCUUGGGGGCCCCACUUCCUGAAGAAGAGGCAUCGCGUACCCAGCAACUUGUGCGGACAGCAUCUCAACGACCUCGUUCGGCUGAUGAGACGACAAUAUCUCGUCAUCUUGCGAACAGCUGGGAUUCCGACAGCGACUCUGAAGGUGGUGCUGAUGCAUAUUCUGAAGCCAACGACAUGGACUAUUGGAUACGAGAAGGCGCGAAGCCUAACCCCAAAUCCACAGCUCCUCGCUCAACUUCCCCGGAUCUCUUCAGCUUCCCUACUGAGUCUGGACGAUGGGAGACCGAUGUCAUUUUUGGCGCGAUGCGAGGCACUGGCUUUAUGGGUUCUCCAGCUCCGGGUCUCAAGCGCGACCCCAUGGACCAGCUCUCCUCAAGCCCAUUGAUUGCCCCAGAAGAUGGCGUUUACUAUCCGCCUGAACCAGAUGCACCCGAUGGAGGCAUCAGCGCCCCUCAACGUCAAUCUAGUCGUUCAGCCAGGACCAGCAGUAUGACAGGCAGCGAAAAUACGCUGGAACCAGUCAAGGCUAGAAAGGGCCCUGUCCGUUGGAGUGACUCCACACGAGGUUCUGGGCGUACGAGAAGUAGCAGCAUUGACUCUGCUGCCCUCUCAUCCUCGGUGAAUGGUCCUACCAAGUAUCUAGGCGAUGGAUCAGGCGCACUGAAAAGAACCAACCAUCCGCCUCUUGCAGGCCAGCCGGCGAGGCAGAAGAAACCCAGUACGCUCAACAGACUAUUCAGAAGAUCCCUCGGAGGCUCGCAGGACCAGGCAGAGGAAGACCAAGAACAAAGAACUCCGACGGGUCAGGCGCAUGCACGCCCACGAAGGAGUAUACACUCAGGAAGGAGUAGUGUGCCACCGCCAGCAACAACGCCUUGGCGGGCUCCUGCAGCAGUGUUAGAAUCUGACCUCACGAGCGCAACACCGCCUCCAAUUAUGAGGAGCCGCGGACAUCGUCCAGACUUCGAGCUUCACAAGAGCGGUGAUAAGCUUCAAACUCCACGAAGUUCCAGAGUGGUGUCCCCUAGUCUCCUUCACCAAGUAACAUCUGAGACGGAUAAUGAGAUGGAUACACCCCAGAGUGGGCGGCGCAAAUGGUUGAGCCUAGGGAGACGAAACAGCCUGAGAGGCCGCAAUUAG